UUAAAGUGUGAUUAAUGCAUUCGCUAUUGAAUUAAAGAUAGUAGCAAAUUUAAAAAGUCGAGAAUCGCUUAUAAGUAUAGUCAGACUUGUGAUAUCAAUUUUUAAACUAACCUGGCCACUCUAAUCAGUUAUGAACAAAACAGCAUGCAAUUCAAAAGCGUUUAUAUAAAUAUAAUACAGAUAUUCCAAAAUAAAUAUAAUGGCCAUUCGUUUACUUCGGGUUGGAACUUUGCGUCAGUUUUGGUGUAUGAAUAAUAAGGUGUCGCAGGAAUUUCGUCUCCAUGAGUACCUUAAUUUAAAAUACAGUAUUUACAGUUCGUUUCAAGCAACGAAGUUUAGUGCACGCAAUCUGCAUAUUAAAGUUUAUGAUAAAGAUGCCGGUUUGGAAGAGCAGCGACAAGCUAAUAAGGAAAAAAAUGGUCCAGCAGUCCAUGAGCCGCUGCGAAAUGAGUAUUUAACAAAGGAAAAUAAAUUAAAAAGUCCUAUAGGACAUUUGGUAGAAAGAAGCAAUGAUGCCGAUAAAUUUGGUAACAAUCAAAUAUCUGAAAUCAAGGAAGAUGAAGGGGAUGUUAUAGAAGAGGAUUAUACAAACAAUCCGAAACCCAGAGGAUUACGAACGAUUGAUUACGCGCGUCUCAUAAAAUCCCAUUUAUCGGAGAGACGACUCAAAGAUGCAAUUGCAGUAGUCGAAGUACAAAUGUUAAAACAAGAUCGCACCAAACCAGAUGCAUAUAUAUAUAAUUUACUCAUAAGCGGUUGUGCAAAGGCAGGUUAUACGCGUAAAGCCUUUAAUUUAUUCACCAAAAUGCGUCAAAGAGGAUUAAGAGUAAAAGGCGGCACGUAUACGUCACUUUUUAAUGCAUGCGCGAAUGCUCCAUCGACUGUCUACGGCAUUGAGCAGGCCAAUAGAUUACGUGAAAUAAUGCUAGAAAAGGGCUAUGAACCAAAUGUAAAAAAUUAUAAUGCAAUGAUCAAAGCUUAUGGACGUUGUGGUGACGUAAAGACCGCUUAUGUGCUUGCUGACGAGCUGAUGGAAAAACAAUUACCUUUGAACAAUGAUACUUUUAAUUUCUUGUUGCAAGCUUGUGCAAGUGAUUUGGAUUUUGGAUUCCGCCAUUGUCUGCUCACCUGGCACAAAAUGUUGCAGCAUGGACUAAAACCCGAUUAUUACACUUUCAAUACAGUUUUACGUUGUGUGAGAGAUUGUGGAUUUGGAGACUUAAACACUAUGGAAAAAGUACUACAGCAAAUAUGUGAAGAACGUAAUGAACUGUUAACUGCGUCAACAUCAGCUGAAGAAAAGAAACUAUUACCCGGAGAUGAAUCGUCAACUAUCACGCUAGAUGUGGAGAAACAAUCUUCGGUUAUAGAAAUUAAAAAUAAUGCAGAACAAUUGGAAAUGCCCAAUCUGUUGGCAGCACAACCUCAUCUCGGUAGCCUAGUUUCAUUAGCGGAAGUUUCCUGUCCACAUGAACGUUUUUUACUUUUGGGCGGUUUGUCAGGCUUCAUGAAUCUUAUGAAGGAAUGUAAAGUUACACCUGAUAUUGAGACUUUCACAACAUUAUUGGAAGUUAUACCACCAACGUAUGCAGCGGAAAAACAGUUAUUAUCAUACGUUCGAAAAAUUGGCCUAAAAGCAGACAUUGACUUCUUUAAUAUUCUCAUCAAAAAACGUUCUAUGCGUUUCGACUAUGAAGGCGCGAAAGAAGUGAUGUCAAUGAUACGUACUGCCGGUUUAGAGCCUGAUAUUGUAACGUAUGGUGUGCUAGCGUUAGGAUGUCAAACGGAGGUGGAAUCUCGGGAAUUACUGCAACAAAUGAGAGAAAAAGGCAUACGCAUGAACAUACAAAUUUUGGGUGCGAUGUUGCGACAAGGAACUGGAAGUAGAAAUUUUCCAUAUGUCAUUGAAAUUUUACAAAUUAGUUUGGAUGAAAAUAUCAAACCAAAUGACGUUUUUCUCAAACAUCUUCACAAUUUUUACGAUCGGUGUGCGCGGUCAAUUGAUGCAAGACAUCCUUCCACAAAAUCGAAGUCAUUUAGAAGGGGACACGAAAAAUUCUGUGCCAAAUUGCGUCUUUACUAUGAAGAACAAGGAAUUGCUGGCUUGAAGAUCGAAGAUGCAAUUAAAAAAAUCCGUGAACAUCCAUAUCAACAAUAUAAAGAUGAGGACUUUGAGGGCGUUGAGCCUUUAAAAAAUCAAGAGCUUUCUAAAAAGCAAAAAGUUCGAAAGUAUAUAAAAAAGAUUAAAAUUGAAAACUUACGCGAUGAUACAAAGGAAUCUUUAUACAAUGACAAAAACACACAGCAGCGGUUAGAGUAA